CUCCCCCCGACUACCUGGUUCUCUGCGCUCACUCCCUCCUGAGAAAGUCAAGGCUGCAUCGCCCAAAACUUUGCCCAGACUUUGUUUUCUGUGAAAAGUAAGAGAGUCAAAACACCCCGUGGGUCCAAGCUCGCUCGAUCCUCGCCCUGCUUUCUUCUUCUUCACCCUUCGAAGGAUUCAAGCCUCGAUUUCUCAGUUUUAUAACCCAAAAACGCAAGUCGCCGAGCAAAGAAAAGCCUGCACUAUGACUCGCUCCAACCUCUCCGUGAGCUAUUUCGCCUUCACGGCGCUUCACCUUGUCUGCUUUGCGCUUGCACUCGCCGUCUGUGGCCUUUACGGCACCGACCUGCAGCGUGCGAAGCAUUUUGACGAGUAUACCAACUCCAAAUGGGUCUAUGCCGUCGUAGUUGGCGCCUUGUCGGCAGCCACAUGCGCCCUCUACUUCAUUCCCUUCAUCAUUGAGGUCGGCGCCAUCAUUGUUGCCGCCUGGGAUAUCGUUCUCUUCAUUCUGUGGAUCACUCUCUUCGGUGUCUUUGGCAAGAUGUACAUUGACGAGAAUGCCCACGGCGACGGCAACAUCGAGCGCAUGAAGCAUGCCGUCUGGGUCGACCUCACCAGUGCUCUGCUCUGGCUGGUUGCGGCCGUUGCCUCGUUCACCUACUGGUGGAAGCAUCGCAACAAUCGCAGCGUCUUUACUGGCCGUGCCAAAGUCUAGAGGCCCUUUGGUGACCAGGGUCGCCCCUUUCGCACAGUUCGCCCCGUUCGCCCAGUUCGCCCUAUCCGCCCUGCUCGCUCUCUUAGGCGUGACGGGUGGUGAGCACACCUAUAUCAUGUCCAAUCUUGCCCGCAAACGGCAUGAGGGGCGUCCAUCUGCGGCAAUUUUAGCGAUUUUCUCGAGACGGGAUAUCUGAUGUGUUGACGAUGAUGCGGGAAAAUGGAAAAAAGAAAAAAAAAUUUACUGUACUAAUAGUAUGAUACCCUGAUACCCUGAUACCCUGAUACCCCUCUGAUUCGUUUGGGAGAGUAGAUAGGAUGUGGGGAAGGGAAAUGGGAUAUUGAGACAAGGAAGAUUUACGAGAGCAACUUUGGCCCCAUCGGUUGUGCGAGGGGAGAUACAAUAUGGACGGACAGAUGAAAAGAGAACAAAGCCUCAUUAUGGGCUCCUUGCCCUGUCCGUAGAAUAAUCAAUCUGUUUUCUCAGCUUGAG